AUGGAUUAUGUGAAGUCAACAGGAUGCUACCAGCCCCUAACACCAGACCAUUCGUCUGUUUCUUCUCUAGCUGAAGAUGUAGCUUUUGCUGACAUUACAAAAGUCAGCUCAGAAGAAUUUGCAAAACAAAUCACCUUGAUAGAGCUCUCAUUUUUCAAAGCCAUACACCGAGAAGAAUUCGCAAGUCUGAAAUGGAAUGGAAAAGAAAAACACCUAUACGCUCCUAAUAUUGUUGCUUCAACUAGAUGGUUCAAUCAAGUUAAUUUUUGGGUUCAGAAGGAAAUCCUGAAAUACUCAUGUGUUUCAAAGAGAACUGAGAUGUUGUCAUUUUUCAUCAAAAUCUCCAAAAAACUUGUGGAAUUCAAUAACCUUUAUUCUGCCAUGUCAAUAAUCUCUGCUCUUCAAGUAGAAUGCAUUUAUCGUUUAAGGCACACAUGGGCUGGUCUUGGUAACAAAGAUCGAGCAGCCUACAGGCGUUUGGAAGAGCUUUUCAGUCAAGAUGAUAACUGUCGUCGACAGCGUGAACAUAUGAAUUCAAUCAGUCUUCCGGGUAUUCCUUAUCUAGGUUUAUAUUUGUCUGAUUUAACUUAUACAAAUGUGGCUCAACCACGUAUCAAUGGAAAGCCAACUGCUAUAUGGUAUACAAAAAUCAAUUCCAUCAUUGAUACCAUAGCUUAUUUUCAACAAUCUGAAUAUUCUUUUACUGUCGAUGAAACAUUGAACGCUUAUUUAUGCGCUCAACGUUACAUUGAAGAAUUACAAAAAUUUCUUGAAGAAGACAAUUAUAAAACUUCAGUAAUUUUAGAACCUCCUCCUACGCUACCCACACCAUCUUUAUCCUAUUUACCACAAACAAUAUAUGCUACUAAUUCUUCAAUUAUUUGUAAUUCAAAUAAUAAUAAUAAUAGUAAUACUACUGACAAUUUUGACAUUAGUAAUACUAAUUUAAAAAAUCAAAUGAAUUCAUCAACAACAGAGAAUUGGAAUAAUAAUAAUAAUAAUAGUGGAUUUAUAUUUCGAUCACCAUCGAAAUUAACUAAUUUUGUUCAGAAUACAAAAAGUUGUCAUCAUCAUCAACAACAUCCACCACAUUAUCAAAAUCAUCAUCGUCAUGGAUCGAAUGUUUCAUGUAAAGUUGCAACGGUGAAUUCAAGUUUUGAAGCUGACAUUUUACCAGAUCCAUUAAUAAAAAAAAAGUCAAUUGUUACACAUUCAAUUGAUCAGUUAAACAAUUCAAGUGUUCAAGUGUCCAAUCUGAAUUUAAAUAAAAAUGAUCCUUUUAAACCAAUGCAUAAAGUAGUAUCUUGGGAACAACCGGAAGAUGUUAUGCAUACAAAUAAUAAUGACACCAAUCAAUUAGAUCUUCAAUUGAAAGAAUUUUCUACUAUGCCAAAGAUUACUACUGAAAAUUCUUUAGAUGUGACAAAAUCCACUUCAAAAUGUCAAUCGAAUAGUCAAGAAUUGGAGUUUGUUUUUUCCACAUGUAUGCAAAGUUCACAAUUGCCUCCGAUUCCACCUCGACCAUUUAUUGAUUUUGAACAAGCCAAACAUUCAACACUUAGUCGAUUAGAAUUAAACUCGACUCAAUUGACGACCUGUAAUAAUAAUUCGAAUGUAGCGACAACUGAUCAAUGUCUUCCUGCUACUUCAUCAUCAUCAUCAAAAUCAAUCAGUCAAUCGUCAGCAAAUUAUUGUAAAUCAUUUUCUGUCAUCGAAUCAUUACCACCAUCAUCAUCGUUACCAACGAGUCAUGUUACACAAUCAAAUCUACCUAGUACAAAAUCAGU